CACAAAAAGAUUUUAUAAAUCAUCUGAUGGCAUCUAUUGGGAACCUCGACCCAGAAGUCGGCAAAUCUGAACCAAUUCCGGAGUCCGCUGCACCAGUACUACUACCACCACCACCACCAUCUUCAUGCGCCAGUUUUUUAGGUUUCCGGAAGAUAGAUCUGAUAACAAGAGUUGUGCUUUUCUCCGCCACUCUGACUGCUCUUAUAGUAAUGGUGACCAGCGACCAGACCGAAAUGACUCAGAUCCCCGGAGUUCCAUCUCCGGCUCCUGUCUCUGCCGAGUUCAAAGAAUCGCCCGCUUUCAUAUUCCUUGUGGUGGCACUUGUGGUGGCUAGUUUCUAUGCUCUAAUCUCAACACUUGUCUCCAUCUCUCUACUCUUGAGACAUGAAUUCACUGCACAGAUCUCCGUUUACAUGACCUCCUUAGACACGGUGAUGCUGGGGAUUUUGGCGUUUGCGACGGGAACGGCGGGAGGAUUUGCAUUGAAAGGAAACGAAGACGUUGGGUGGAAUAAGAUUUGUAAUGUCUACGACAAGUUUUGUCGUUACAUUGCAACUUCGCUUGCCUCAUCUCUAUUUGCUUCUUUCCUGCUUCUACUUUUAUCCAUUUGCUCAGCUCUUUCCAAGAGAACUCCAUAAACAAAGCUUAAUUCCAUCUUGUAACGUGUGUGUGUGUCUGAUUUGGUUUAUCCGUUAUUAAUUGAUAUGUAGUAAUGGAGUGGAGUCGUCCCUUGUUACUUAUGUCGUAGAAGUUGCUUUGCUUAUAGAGCCUCUACAUUUUAUCAUAGCAGUUGCUUUGCUUGGAGUCUUCACA